CUCGCAAACACCAACAUCUCCUCCAACGCCUAUCCCAAAACUAAAACAACAUACGCCUGAGUAGGGGAGCUUCCUAUUCGGUUUUGGGUUUCUCCAUUACAUUUGAAUCUCUCUAGCUUCAAAUAACACCAAGCCCCGCGCCCUUCUUCCUGCAAUGCAGGCCGACAAGAUUCCCGACUUUCUCGCAGAGCAGCGGGAAGAAGCUCUUAGCGAAUCCCAUGAAUCCUUUCUCGCCUUCGAAGAUUUCUGGGAGCGAAAACUAUGGCAUCAGCUCACGAACGCUCUGAUAGAAUUCUUCUGUCUCCCGGAAAGUGCGCCGCAGAGAUUAGCCAUCUUCAAGAACUUUAUCCUCAGCUUUGCAGACAAGAUCAAUCAGCUGAAAUUUGUUACACUGGGGUUGAUGGCAUCGACACAAUGUGAAGAUGACAGAGAGCGUCUCGCAUUCCUUACGUCGCUUGCUGAUAGGGUGAGCAAACCGGGAUCACAAGAUGCAUAUGUUUACGCCAUGGCGGAUGUGGCCAAUGUGAAGCUGCGAUUAAAGGACUUUGAAGGAGCACGGAAGGAUUUGGAUGCGUCUGAACGCGUUUUGGAUUCUUUUGACUCCGUUGAGACAGUGGUACAUGCUGCAUUCUACAAAGUAAAUGCGGAGUACUAUCACGCCAAACUAGAAUUUGCUUCCUACUAUACAAACGCCUUGCUUUACCUUGCGUGCGUGGACGUCAAAGACCUGACACAAGAAGAUUGCGCCGCCAGAGCAUACGACUUGAGCAUAGCCGCCCUCGUCUCAGACUCCAUCUACAACUUUGGCGAACUCCUUCUUCACCCCGUCCUUGACUCUCUCAAAAACACUCAACACGCCUGGCUCCGCGACCUGCUCUUCGCAUUUAACCGUGGUGACCUGGCCGCCUACGAUGUCCUCGCAGGGAACGUUAGCAAGAACCAGCUCCUGGAACAACACAAGACUUUCUUAUACCAGAAGAUCUCGCUGGCCGCCUUGACGGAGACUGUAUUCCGCCGACCGCCACAUGACCGCAUAAUGACAUUCAGUGCGAUUUCAGAGGAGACUAAAGUGCAGCCUAACGAGAUCGAGCAUCUUAUCAUGAAGGCACUUAGCCUCGGCCUGCUCAAGGGAACCAUCGACCAAGUUGCGCAGAUGGCAAAGAUCAGUUGGGUGCAGCCCAAGGUUCUGGACAUGGGGCAGAUAGAAGGAAUGAGGAAUCGGCUGCGUGAGUGGGAUUCUGGGGUUAAUCAACUGGGUCACUGGAUUGAAGGGGUUGGGAAGGAUGUUUGGGCAGCCUAGACAGACAACCCCCAUUUUCUUUUAACCUUUGCCAUAACCAUUUUUCCUCUUGGCUUUUUCAUUUAUUCAAUGUCAUAGCUCUACACGUUUGCUGGGACCUUUUCUUGAUUUAACCAGCUGUCCCGUGUAAGAGUAAGAUUUUUUAUCUGGGUUGCAAGGUUAGUUGUUGUGAGAGCUUUCACGUUAUGAUUCGUGGUAGAUCUUAUCAAUCUGCACCAGAGCCUAGUUCAAAUAUUGUGCAAAAGACAUGUCUAUGGACGAAGUCAAGGCAAAGGAUGCUGGAUGAGGGUCCUCACAAUGGCCCCGAUAUGGAAUACAUGUUUGGAAAUUAGGUAACACGGGGAAUAUUUUAAAUAUUUUGACAGAACGGGCCUUACCGUUACUUCCGCUAGAACUGGCAUAAUAGCUUCUUGGAGUAUAAUAGCAUAACAUACAAAACAAAUACUGAAAGAAAGGAAAAGAAAAGAGGAAACGAGUCUCCCCGUUCCCCUUUCCCCCCCUCCUUCAACCACCAGAAUCUCAUCGUGAAGUUAGGAAACAGCCAUUCUAUCUUUCUCAGAAAAAGGACGACGCUAGUAACACACAUCCACAUUGCCAAGCAGGCCACCACAUACACCAGAAGGCUACCUGAGUCCACACCCCCCAUACGUCCCAUCCGAACACCGCCUCAGUCAACAAGGUCGUUAUCGGAAUCUGCCAGUAGUGACAUGCAACCAACAGAAUUACAGUGGGGGAAAGUAGAUUCAUGAAGAUUAGACUGAACAGGGUGAGGAGGAUAGUCGUCACUGACGUUGAGGUUGAAUUUGUUGGCUUUUCUCUGGCCUUGUCCGUAGAAGCUGAUGGUUUCGAAUUCGCGGUUGCGUUUUGGCUAGGUUCGUUUGGGAUCGGGACGAUAUAGGACAGGGGAGUGCAUAACAGGCCGAUCAUGAGUGAGAGGGAGAAGUUUAAGGUUGCGAGUGCAGAAAGGAAGAGACCGAGGAGGAGGAGGGAGAAGGAUUUUAUGAGGAGGUAUUGUUGGGUUGAUGGGCGGGAGCAGCGGGUUAUGAUUGCAGCGAGAAGUAUUGGGAGGACGAUGUUU